AUGGAUGAUCUUUAUGAUGAAUUUGGUAACUUCAUCGGUGAAGCUGAAGAAUCAGAGGACGACAGCCAACAUGGUAUCGAUGCGGGGGCCUAUGUCUACGAUGAAUACCCAGAAGAAGCUCCCGAGACUACUGGCCAGGAGCUUAUGGAGAUCGAUGAUGAAGGACCCUCCAACGCUGAAGUCCUUCACGAGGACAAGCAGUACUAUCCGACGGCGCAGCAGGUAUAUGGAGAAGAUGUUGAAACUAUGGUACAGGAAGAAGAUGCGCAGCCUUUAUCACAACCUAUCAUCGCACCCGUCGAGCAGAAGAAGUUUACGAUUCAAGAAGCAGACCUCCCACCAGUACACUUCGACCGGAGUUUCAUGAUGGACCUUAUGAAUUUCCCCGAUCAGAUCAGGAAUAUUGCGUUUGCAGGUCAUCUUCAUCAUGGCAAGACAGCAUUAAUGGAUAUGUUGGUACUGGAAACUCACGAUAUUACCAAUCGACUUGAGAAGAGGACGGGCAGGAAGAGGGACGACCAGUUGCGAUAUACGGAUGUUCACAUUCAAGAGCGGGAGCGAGGAUUGUCGAUAAAAUCCGCCCCAAUGAGUUUGGUCCUCCAAAGUACACAUGGAAAGUCGCAUUUGGUCAAUAUACUCGACACCCCUGGCCACGUCAAUUUUGUUGAUGAGGUCGCAUCAUCACUUCGACUGGUGGACGGUGUUGUGCUCGUUGUUGAUGUCGUGGAAGGUGUCCAAGUCAAUACGGAACAAAUAAUCAAGCACGCAGUACUGGAAGGUCUACCCCUUACCCUUGUGGUAAACAAAAUGGAUCGAUUGAUUCUGGAACUCAAGCUUCCUCCCUCCGAUGCCUAUUUCAAGCUCAAGCAUGUUGUUGAAGAAGUUAACACAGUGAUUGAAAGUGUCCUUCCGGGACAAGGCGAGAAGAGGCGGCUCAGCCCCGAAAAAGGCAACGUUCUCUUUGCAAGCAGCAUUAUGGGCUGGUGUUUUACUCUGCAAUCGUUUGCCAAGAUGUACGCAGACAGCUAUCCUCCAACGAAGAAAGGAACCCCUGGAAUCAAUGCUCAUGAAUUUGCGCGACGUCUGUGGGGUGAUGUGUUCUUCAACCCCAGGAAACGAUCGUUCACGCGGAAAGGCAUUGAGGAGCAUUCUAAGCGCGCAUUUGUACACUUUGUACUAGAGCCGAUCUACAAAUUGUAUUCACAUACAAUUAGUGAGAGCCCCGAGGACUUAAAGGAGACUCUUGCAACUCUGGGUAUAACUCUCAAGCCAACUCAAUUCAAGACAGACGCCAAGGUUCUCUUGAAGCUGGUCUGCGAACAAUUUUUCGGGCCUUCUAAUGGAUUCGUUGACAUGGUUGUGGAACACAUCCCAUCACCUGUUGACUCUGCUAAGGCUAAACUCGAACGUUACUACACCGGGCCCCUUGAUACAAGCGUGGCCAAGGCAAUUGAAAAGUGCGAUCAAGACGGACCUCUGAUUAUCCAGAUCUCGAAACUAUUUAACACCAGUGAUGCCACUGGAUUCAACUCUUUCGGACGAGUAAUGAGCGGUACUGCUCGACCAGGAACUCAGGUGCGAGUUCUCGGCGAAGGCUAUUCCAUCGAUGACGAGGAAGAUAUGAGUCUUGCAACUAUCUCUGACGUGUGGAUUGCUGAAUCCCGUUACAAUAUCCCUACGGACGGUGUUCCUGCGGGUAACUGGGUUCUUUUGGGGGGAGUUGACAAUUCCAUUGUCAAGUCAGCAACGUUAGUACCACCUAUUCUGCCUGAUGAAGAAGAUGCGUACAUCUUCAAACCUAUUACGCAUUUCACCGAGUCGGUCUUCAAAGUUGCGGUCGAACCAAUCAACCCCUCAGAACUUCCAAAGAUGUUGGAUGGCCUACGCAAAAUCAACAAGAGCUACCCCCUGAUAACCACUAAAGUCGAAGAAUCCGGGGAACACGUCAUUCUCGGGACGGGAGAGCUAUACAUGGAUUGCGUUCUGCAUGACUUGCGUCGGCUAUACGCCGAGAUGGAGAUCAAAGUAUCGGAUGCCGUCACACGGUUCUGCGAAACGGUUGUCGAGACCUCGGCUAUAAAAUGCUAUGCUCAAACGCCGAAUAAGAAGAACAAGAUUACUAUGGUUGCGGAGCCUUUGGACCAGGGGAUUGCGGAAGACAUUGAAAGUGGAAAAAUCAGCAUUAAAAGCCCGAAUCGAGUCAUUGGCAAGUUUUUCGAAGAACAUUACGGGUGGGAUCUAUUGGCUUCCAGAAGCAUUUGGGCCUUUGGUCCCGACGACUUGGGACCGAAUAUUCUUCAAAACGACACUCUGCCAUCUGAAGUUUUAGUUGGGCAACCAGAGAAGGCCCCUUGUGUGAAGAGCUUCCUUCCCUUCCCGCUUUCGUCUCAUUGGUUGAUACCGGUCCGAAUGUUAACCAUCCUUGUAGCUAUCCGCAACAGCAAGUUCAAAAUAAUGGACGUUACAUUGGCUCCUGAAGCGAUUUUCCGGGGCGGCGGCCAGAUCAUCCCCACAUCCCGACGCGCUUGUUAUUCAUCGUUCCUCAUGGCGUCCCCACGUUUGAUGGAACCUGUUUACUCCUGCUCCAUGACGGGACCUGCCGACUCGGUCACAACACUAUAUACUGUCUUGGCCAAGCGAAGAGGUCACGUCUUAUCCGACGGUCCAAUUGCCGGCACACCAUUGUACCGUGUCAGUGGGCUUAUACCGGUUAUUGACUCUUUUGGAUUCGAAACCGACUUGCGAAUUCAUACCCAGGGUCAGGCAACCCUCAGCCUGGUGUUCGAUCGAUGGAGCAUUGUACCUGGAGAUCCCCUCGAUAAAGAUGUUAUACUGCGGCCACUAGAACCGGCCAGUGCCCAGGCUACGGCAAGGGACUUUGUUUUGAAGACUAGGAGGAGAAAGGGCUUGAGCGAGGAUGUCAGCGUUGCGAAAUUCCUCGAGCCAGAACUGUUCGCCAGUUUGAAGGAAAGUGGUUUGUUAGAUGGAUGA